AUGGCCGCAGUCCCCAUCGAAGAAUGGUUCUACGAAAUCCCAGUAUGCACCCGCAUCUGGGCAUCGGCAGCUGUCGCCACAGCUCUCGCCUGCCAAUGUCAUUUAGUCUCACCAUUCCAACUCUUCUUCUCCCUUCCGGCCGUGCUCUCCAAACGGCAGUAUUGGAGAUUGAUCACCACAUUCCUCUACUUCGGUCCAUUAAGCGUGGACUUUAUGUUCCAUAUGUUCUUUUUGGCGCGGUACAGUCGGAUGCUGGAGGAGACUUAUUUUAAAGGGAAGACGGCGGAUUUUGCGUGGUUGCUUUUGUACAGUUGUACUUGUUUGUUGUUCUGUUCCGCAACAUUCGUUCAAAUGCCAUUCCUUGGCUCUCCGCUUGCUUUCUCGAUCGUAUACAUCUGGGCACGAAGGAAUCCAUCAGUCCGACUUAGUUUCUUGGGCUUAUUCGUUUUCAACGCGCCUUACCUCCCUUUCGUCCUUCUAGGAUUCAGCCUGUUGAUCAAUGGUAACAUGCCUAAAGACGAUGCUCUAGGCAUUGUCAUCGGACAUAUUUACUUCUUCUUCAUGGAUAUCUACCCAACCGUUCGAAACGGCUCUCGACCUUUGGACCCACCGGAGAUUUGGAGGAGAUUGUUCGAACCACGUACCGAGAACGCUAGAACACAGAUUCAACAUGAACAAAAUAUGCCCCGAGCUGUGCAGUAG